GCGCCUCUUUUAACUCCUCGUUAAAAUCAAAACGUAAAUUCACCGCCAUUAAUUUCAAAACCCACUUUCUCUCUCCUCUAUUUAAUUCAUCCCUUUCUUUCUGUCACUCGAUUUCCAAAGCUUCUUCCUUUCUCAAUUCCCUCACUCCCAGCCAAAGUGAUUUUGUGGUUUGAAGUUCAACGAAUUUAAGGAGAAAAUGUCAGGAAAGGGAGGAAAAGGACUAUUGGCUGGUAAAACAACGGCGGGUAACAAAGAUAAGGAUAAGAAGAGGCCUGUUUCUCGCUCUUCUAGGGCUGGUCUUCAGUUUCCCGUUGGUCGAAUACACCGACAUCUCAAGUCAAGAGCCUCAGCCCACGGCCGUGUAGGUGCAAAUGCUGCUGUAUACUCUGCUGCUAUACUCGAAUACUUAACUGCAGAAGUGCUCGAGUUAGCAGGAAAUGCAAGCAAAGAUCUCAAAGUCAAGAGGAUUACACCAAGACAUCUACAGCUUGCUAUUAGAGGAGAUGAGGAGCUUGAUACCCUAAUUAAGGGAACUAUUGCUGGUGGUGGUGUUAUUCCUCAUAUUCACAAAUCAUUGAUUAACAAAUCAGUGAAAGAAUAAGGAUUUGAAAUGUGAUGAUUAUAGGAGGUAGAAUUAAGUAUAUGGAAUGUGAUUUCAGCUGUAAUAUCUUCCCUUUGGACAUCUGCUCUUUUUAGAUUGUGAUUUUAUUAGCUGUUUAGGUAAUUGUCAAUUUAGUUUAGUUCAUUAUGGUAUUUUUGUGCAGUUCUAACUGGAUUUGUCCUCGUAAUGUGUGCUUCUUUGGUGAUUUGACAAUGUAUCUUGUUCUAUAAAAUUUGUGAUUUUUUCUUGA